CUGGUGACGCGAGGCUGCGAAGCUCUGGAGGUCACCCCCCUGCGUGACGGAGUCGGGCAGCCUGGCUUCCUCAUGAACGAGGAAGGCUUUGUGACGGAGCUGCAGCGGUUCUGUUACGCAGAGAGCGGAGGCCUGCAGCUGUGGGCUCGAGUGGUGCGGCUGUGCGGACACUCGCUGGUUCACCUGAGCCCUGAGGAGAGGACCAGGCUGCUCCGCACUGCGCACAAGAUCCACAUCACUGUCAUUCCUCCGGACGAAAACGGCAAGCCUCGCAGAAGUUUCUCCGAGCUGUACCAGAAAGCCAUCAAGGAUGUGGAGUGUAAGCCCGGCGAGGAUCAGUCUGGAGAGGCCUGGGUGCUGGACGAGAGGGAAGAAGAAGAAGAGCAGGCUGAGGAGGACGAGGCGGUUGGGGUUAAUGAAGCGGACAUAACAGAGGUGCAGGUGGAGGCCGAAGAGGGCGAAGGGCAGUCGAGUGAUAAAGGGCAAAGUGAGAGAAGUCACGACUCGCUCCUCACACCGCCCAGCUUACCUUUGUUACGAGCCACUUCUCUGCAGGACCAGCCGGCCAAUCAGAGCCAGGACGGCAGCGGCUCGCAGCUCACACGCAGCUGCUCCUUGGAGAGACAGCCGUCCUACAGGGACACGUGCGAUGGGCACGUUUACGACAACGUGGGGCUGAAGGGGGACCGCCACAUCUAUGAGAAUGUCGGCGAGCUGAGAGACGCCACACCUGAUCUGAUCCUGGCUGUCAAACCCAAGGUUCCCCUUGAGGACGAACAGUUCACGGGCGCCGAAUUUGGCGAUGACAAAGCUUCGGUGAGUGACUCGUCUUCCAGAUUAGACCGAGCUGAAAGAAAUUCUCGAGCACUGAGUCUCCAUAACUCCAUCACCAAGAUUCUCUCAGAGACGACAGAUUCGACUGAGGAGGAGUGGCAGUCCAUCGCUGACCUGGCCACCGCCUGCCGCAGCAUCCUGGAGGCUUUGUCACGAGAAG